UUUCUGCGCUUAAAGAAACCCCAGUUCGGUGCUUUUUCCAGCAGAGAUCAUUGUGAGAGCACAGGUCGGGAGGAUGACUGCUCGUGUGUGUUGCUUGAUGAUUGUUUUAUUGUGUCUGUUCGGAUAUUUGAGUAUAACAGAUGCUGGAAAAACAACAGCAAAGCCAGGAAAGUGUCCACCCCGAUCAUCUGGAAAUAAAUCGUGUAGCAGUUCCUGCAAGAGUGACUCCAACUGUCCCAACAAUGAGAAGUGCUGCAGCAGUGUCUGUGGAAAUUACUGUACAGCUCCAUAUAUAGUGAAACCAGGUCAAUGUCCCGACCCAAAGAACAUUCCACUGUCUGCUGAAAGCUGUGUCCAUGAUGGUCAGUGUCCUGCCACACAGAAGUGUUGCCCAACCACCAGUGGACGUGCAUGCAGUGAACCACGUGGCCAAGGGAGUGGUCAGGGCCAGGGGAGUGGUCAGGGAAGCGGCUUUGGUCAGGGCAGCGGUCAGGGCCAGGGUAGUGGCUUUGGUCAGGGAAGCGGUCAGGGCCAGGGAAGCGGCUUUGGUCAGGGGAAUGGUCAGGGCCAGGGAAGCGGCUUUGGUCAGGGCCGCGGUCAGGGCCAAGGAAGCGGCUCUGGCUUUGGUCAGGGCCGCGGUCAGGGCCAAGGAAGCGGCUCUGGCUUUGGUCAGGGCCAAGGAAGCGGCUCUGGCUUUGGUCAGGGCCAAGGAAGCGGCUCUGGCUUUGGAAGCGGCUCUGGCUUUGGUCAGGGCCAAGGAAGCGGCUCUGGCUUUGGUCAGGGCCAAGGAAGCGGCUCUGGCUUUGGUCAGGGCCAAGGAAGCGGCUCUGGCUUUGGUCAGGGCCAAGGAAGCGGCUCUGGCCUUGGUCAGGGCCAAGGAAGCGGCUUUGGCCAAGGAAGCGGCUCUGGCCAGGGGAGCGGUCAGGGCCAGGGGAGCGGCUUUGGCCAGGGGAGCGGUCAGGGCCAGGGGAGCGGGGCCAGGGGAGCGGCUCUGGCUUUGGUCAGGGCCAGGGGAGCGGCUCUGGCUUUGGUCAGGGCCAGGGGAGCGGCUCUGGUCAGGGCCAGGGGAGCGGCUUUGGUCAGGGCCAGGGGAGCGGCUUUGGUCAGGGCCAGGGGAGCGGGUCUGGCUUUGGUCAGGGCCAGGGGAGCGGGUCUGGCUUUGGUCAGGGAAGCGGCUUUGGUCAGGGGAGCGGCUCUGGCUUUGGUCAGGGAAGCGGCUUUGGUCAGGGGAGCGGCUCUGGCUUUGGUCAGGGAAGCGGCUUUGGUCAGGGCAGUGGUCAGGGCCAGGGGAGCGGCUCUGGCUUUGGUCAGGGAAGCGGCUUUGGUCAGGGCCAGGGUAGCGGUCAGGGUAGCGGCUCUGGCUUUGGUCAGGGCCAGGGAAGCGGCUUUGGUCAGGGCAGUGGUCAGGGCCAGGGGAGCGGCUCUGGCUUUGUGGUGGUUCUAG